GGGCUGGCGAAGCCAGCGGCUCACGGAAGAAGAAGGGCCCCGGGCCUCUGGCCACGGCGUACCUGGUCAUCUACAAUGUGGUGAUGACGGCGGGGUGGCUUGUUAUAGCAGUUGGUCUGGUCCGAGCCUACCUGGCUAAGGGUAGCUACCACAGCCUUUAUUAUUCAAUUGAAAAGCCUUUGAAAUUCUUCCAAACUGGAGCCUUAUUGGAGAUUUUACAUUGUGCUAUAGGAAUUGUUCCAUCUUCUGUUGUGCUGACUUCUUUCCAGGUGAUGUCAAGAGUUUUUCUAAUAUGGGCAGUAACACACAGCGUCAAAGAG